AUGAAUGCAACAGGUGAACAAGUUUUUGUAACCACAGGACUUGCUUAUCGGCAUAAUCAAAAUUAUCAUCUUUUACCGUGGAAUUCACAUGAUGCGCACAAUAAUAUUGGAAGAAUGACAAGUAUGGGACGACUUAGAAGAGAAAUCGAUUUUGGCAUCCUCAGUAUAAAUAAUCCCAUUGACAAUCCAAUGCCAGAUGUUGGAGGGCCAGUAUUUUCUUAUGAUGUGAAUAUAACUACCGGUGAUUUAGGGACUUCUAGAGCAGACUUAAAAGGUAUAAUUACAGGAACUACAGGGGAACUUGCCUUUGUUACAAAAAUAGAAAGAAUUCGUGCAGAGGCAAAUAUAAACAUUUUUACUUCUCUAGGUUUACGUUAA